AUGCCAGGAGUAACAUGCGAAAGAGUUCUUACAAAUAUUUCCCAUGCUUUCAUAAAAAACGAGCUUCAUUACCUGAGUGUUCCUUCGAGCCGGACGUUUUUGGCGACAGACGUCUUUGACUGCACUAGUCAAUGUCUUCUUGUUCUUUCGUGCGUCUCCGUUAACCUAGCGCGGAACACAGUAGCCGACGGGAAGUACUGGUGCGAAUUACUGUCAUCUGAUAAAUACUUAAACUCUCAAGAUUUUAAAGGAAACCUGACGUUUCAUCAUCUAUUCAAAAAGUCAAAUUGUAUCUUCACGCCGUGUCAAAAUGGAGGAACUUGUGUGGCAAAGUAUCAGGACGACACCUUUAACUGUCUUUGUUUAGAGGGCUUUAUUGGAGACUAUUGUGAAACAGGUGCCACGUCGUGCAAGCAGCUCUACGAAGCAAAAAAGUUUGACACAACUCAGGUGGCCACCCUACGAUUUGGUUCAACACCUACUUCUGUUAUGUGUCACGUGGGAGAUUUUGGGUGCGGGCCUGGGGCAUGGACAACCGUGAUGAAGAUUGAUGGCAAUAAGAACACCUUCCACUUCGACUCUGCUUACUGGAGUGAUACAAAUGAAUAUAACCUCAACGGAGGUUCAACGAGAUUUGACACACAAGAAACCAAACUGCCAACCUACUGGAAUACGCCUUUCUCUCAAAUCUGUCUUGGUAUGAAGAUCAACGAGCAGCUUAAUUUCGUUGUCCUUACCAAACAAGGUAGCUCUCUGUUCUCACUAAUCGCUGACGGGUCUUACCGCGCCACUUCACUUGGUCGUAACACAUGGAAAUCACUGCUUGGUUCUGAGGGCUCUCUACAGAUUGCGUGCAACAGGGAGGGCUUUAACUCAGUGUGUAAUACAUGUAAAGUUAGAAUUGGAAUCGUCUCCAAUAACGAGUACAGCUGCUUAAGUUGUGAUUCAAGAAUUGGUUUUGGUGCUGGUGGAAACCCGGAUGAUUCCAGCACAUGUGGUAACGCAGCCACUUGGAGCCCUGACAAUGGAGAUAGAAACAUAAAAGCUAUGGGCUACGUAUUAGUUCAAUAA